CUUGCGCAACACUGUGCAUAUUGCAAGAGGUUUCCGAAGAUUUCAGUGAUUAGUUUAGCCCGAAAGACCGUUCAGUGUUCACCAUGUCCGAAUCAGCGCAAGGACUCGGGGGAUGGAGCUCGCCCAAGCCAGCUGAAGAACCCAUCCAGGCAACAUGCGAUGCGGUGCGAAAAGCAGUGGAGGAAAAGAUCAACAGCGGACUUCCUUUUGGAAAGUAUAAUGCAACGCUCUACGUGGAACAAGUGGUGGAAGGGAUGAAUUACCGCAUGAAGGUUGAGAUCAAUACGGUAUCAGUCAUCCGUAUUCAAGUGUACCAGUCACCAUUCCUGGUUAUGGGCGCGCCCACUCCACCUCAGCUAACGGCAGUGGCUGCUGAUGGCCCUCUUGAUGGACCUUUCUAAAUUGCCUAACCAUCUCGAUCACCAUUUUAUUCGUCAAUAUUAGAAUUCAACGACAUUAUCUAGGCAUAUCUUCCUGAUCCCACAUUGAUUCCAAAAUUAAUUCUAACAAGCCUGGUUUCUUAUUUCCUUCCUACUGUGUUCCAAGGCAAGAGCUAAAAGAACUACAUUUGAAAUUUG